AUGCAUUUCCUUAUAUUUACGCUAGUUAUUGCUAUAUGUUUUGGUUUGAAUGAAGGUAUUAAGUGUAAUAUUGAUACUCGCAACAUUCCAGAAUGUCAAGGUUCAUCCCUCUUGAACACUUUAGAGAUUCAAAAUAAACUCAGUCCAGGUAGUAUUCUCAAAGUUAAUUGUUCAUCCAACAAACACGAAGAUGAUGGUCUCCAUGAAAUAAAAGUUAAUGAUAAAUAUCAAAUAUUUAUUAGAGAAAGAGGACCAGGAAACAGAAUUGUAUGGCGUUGUACCUUUCGAUAUGGAGAUAAAGUGGAACAUUCUCAAAUAAUAUGGCACGCAUACAGAGGAGCCGCUACCACUCGAACGGGUCAAAAACGUUCAUGGAUUGCCAGAUUUGAUGGAAUUUACUUAGAGAAAAAUAAUGAAAUACAGGGACUCAAACAUCGUUGGAUCGUCACUAAAAAAUGA